AGUAUAGGGACUAAAAUUAGAAAAGAAAGAAAGCAAUUGCCAUUUCUUCCCCUUUACCAACUAAGGACGCCGUUCCCCAAUCUCGUCAUCUGCCAAUCGAUUGAUUCACAAACAAUCAAAAAUCGGAUUAGAUCGAUCGAUUGAAGCAAAGAUGGUGAACAUGACUUCGUUUUUCGGGAUGUCAUUAGGAGCAUUUGUGUUCUGGCAAUCAAUGGACAAAGUUCAUGUUUGGAUCGCUCUUCAUCAAGACGAAAAGCAAGAAAGAAUGGAGAAGGAAGCAGAGAUCAGGAGGGUGAGAGAACAGCUGCUACAAGAAAACAGAGAAAGAGAUCCUAUUGCUUAAACUUGCUGCUUAAAGCUGAUUGUGGCAUUGAAUGCCUUACCUUUAUGUGUUUCAGUGAAUUUGUUGUAUUUUCUGGAUUUUUCAUCUGGACAACACUUCUGUAUUAAGAUACAAAUGGUGGUUGUUAAAGCCUGUCUUUUCUAAUAAUAACUGAAUGGCAUUGAUAUUAA